UACAGUGGGAAGGAGAUGUUUCUGUAUGUCAAUGGCAGGCGGGUAGCUCGCAGCUCCCAGCAGUCUGGUGACCUUCACAGUCCGUUCAUGGCCUCGUGCCGCACUUUGAUCCUGGGAGGCAGCAACUCAGACGGACUCAACUUCCGAGGCUACCUGGCUCUGCUAGCCCUUUGGAACAUUGCUAUGCCCCAAGAGAAACUCCAAAGGGCCUUCCUGGGAAAGUUUAAAGACAGAGAACUUUCCUUAUUGCUCAGUGCAAAGUUCAGCCAUUUGCAGCAGCAGUGGGUAACAUUCAAGGAUGGAGUCUACCCACAAGUAGAGGCGAUGUAUAGACCAGAACCUCAAGUUCUAUCUCCGCUUAUACCCCCACUCUGUGGACAGACGGCCUGUGACAAUGUGGAAUUGAUAUCUCAUUACAACAGCCACUGGCUGCUACGGAAUGAGAAAGUAGUGCACUAUCGGGUUGUCAAUAUCUAUGAUGAUGAUGGUCUCCAUCCUACUGUGAGUGAGGAACAGAUUGCCCAUCAGCACCAAGCCCUGAAUGAGGCCUUUGGCCGCUAUAACAUCACUUGGCAACUUAGCAUUCACAAAGUGUACAAUUCAUUGCUCCGUUACCGUGUGAUUCUAAUGAACUGUGAGCCAGGAAAAAUUGGCAAUGAGUUUUGCAAUCCUGAGUGCAAGCAUCCGUUGACAGGCUAUGAUGGUGGUGACUGCCGUUGGCUGGGACGCUGCUAUAUCUGGGAGCGUCGGGAUGGUGUUUGCAACAUGGAGUGCAACAAUAUGCUCCACAAUUUUGAUGACGGAGACUGUUGUAACCCCAAAGUAACUAAUGUAAGGAAAACUUGCUUUGAUCCAGAUUCUCCACAAAGGGCCUAUAUGAGCAUGAAGGAACUUAAGGAGAUCCUUCAGCUGAACAGCACACACUUCCUCAAUAUCUAUUUUGCCAGCUCCGUGCAAGAAGAGCUAGCUGGUGCUGGCACCUGGCCUUGGGACAAAGAUGCCCUCAGUCACCUGGGUGGAGUAGUUCUAAAUCCAGCUUACUAUGGGAUGCCAGGUCAUACAAAUACUAUGAUCCAUGAAGUAGGACACGUCUUGGGACUCUAUCAUGUCUUUAAGGGUGUGGAUGAAAAAGACUCCUGUGAUGAUCCAUGCAGGGAGACAACACCAUCCAUGGAAACUGGAGAUCUCUGUGCCGACACUGCACCUACACUCAAAAGCAAAGCCUGUCGGGAUCCAGAUCCUAUCAAUGACACCUGUGGCCAUAUUUCCUUCUCUGGAACUCCCUUCAGCAAUUAUAUGAGCUACACAGAUGACAAUUGCACAGACAGUUUUACUCCAAACCAAGUGGCACGAAUGCAUUGCUAUCUUGAUCUGGUAUACCAGCAGUGGACUCAGAGCAGAAAACCCACCCCUGUCCCUUUGCCGCCCAUGGUGCUUGGUCAGGAGCAGGAUAUGCUCACCAUACACUGGCUACCUCCCAUUAGUGGAAUGCUUUAUGAAAGAGAGUCAGGGAACCUCUGCGGAAAUUGUGCUGAAGAUGGAACUUUCAGCCAGUAUGUACAUGAAGCCUCUUCUCCUCUAAUCUGUGACUCUUCUGGCUAUUGGACUCCAAAGGAGGCAGUAGGUCCUCCUGAUGUAACUCAACCCUGUGAAACCAGUUUGCAGGCCUGGAGUCCUGAAUUUAAUUUGUUUAAUGUGAGCAUGACCACUCCUUGCCUUAAGCCUCUUGGUUGCAUUUUGGAACUCUCCUUCCUAUAUCCUGUGUAUUCUGACUCUUUACUGAUAUGGACCACAAAUUUCUCCACCAAUUUCAAAGCACUGUCAGACAUUGAGAUCCUGACAGAGCAGGAAGAUUCUGUACAUCUUGGACCAAUGGAUACAUUCUGUGACAUUCCCCUCACUGUGAAACUGAACCUUACCAAAAAGGUGUCUGGCAUAAAGAUUUAUACCUUUGAUGAGAAGAUGGAGAUAGAUGCUGCACAGUUGAUCUCCACACCACACAGUCUCCUUUGUUCAAACUGCAAACCUGUGAGGUACAGAAUUCUGCGGGACCCCCCAUUCCAAGAUGGAUCCCCAGGAAUGGUGAUGCAGACAGGAAGGACAUUUAUUGACAAGGAAGUCACAAUAGGCCAGCGAUACCAGUACCAAGUGCAGGCUGUAGCAGGAGCUGCUGUAAGUGAAGCCUCCCCAUCUCUGUUCCAUAUCCAUGGCUCUUCCUACUGCGGGGAUGGGCAAGUAAGCAGGAGUCUUGUAGAGGAAUGCGAUGAUGGAAACCUAUUAGAUGGGGAUGGUUGCUCUAGAAACUGUAAACAAGAAAGAGGAUACCACUGUAUUGGUGAACCAAGCCUGUGCUAUGUCCACGAAGGUGAUGGCAUUUGUGAGCCGUUUGAGGAAAGGAACAGCAUUGUGGACUGUGGUCUCUUCACCCCAAAAGAUUAUGUGGAUCAGUGGGCAUCAGAUGCCUAUGCAUCCCACCAAGAUGAGAAAACAUGUCCAGUCUCUAUGGUGAUUGGAGAACCUCUUGUGAAGGUGUGCAGGCCCCACUAUCAAGAGACCCAGGAGAGUGAAUCACCACUGGCUUGGUUUCCUUGUAUGAAAAAUGAUGUUCUUCAGGAUACAGACAUGGAGAAAACACAUUUGAAUGACAGAAUUUGGCUGAAAGUGUGUUUCAGCCAACCCAGAGUGGCUACUUCACUCUUUGUUUUCCUGGCAUCUGUGGGCACUUCCAAUGGUGACCAUCUCAAGCCAUCUAUUACAAUACACUUGGGUGACAUCAAUGGUCACCACCAUUUCCUUGCUACAUCAGAGCUGUCAUGUCAGCAGAAUCCCCUGGUCAUCAAUAUGACUGGAAAAAUUACAUCCCACCAAAUCACCUAUGCCUUGUUCAACUUCUCCUCUCUCUCUGUGAGCAUCUCUGCAGUGGCUUUGCGAACCCAUUUGCCAUUUGACACUUCCAGCCCAAGUAAUUGUCUCCCAGAGCAUGAAGGUCAUGGCUGCCAGAGAUACAGCUGCACCCAACACACCUGUAGAGAGCAGGGAAGCUGUGUGCUUCCUCAGAUCCAUCAUGCGACUCUUACAAACUGUAGUUCCAGUAGUCGGGGCCACCUAGAAUGUGCUAUUUCUUGUGAGAAAGGUUUUGUUCUCCAAGUUAAACAUGGACAAUUGCUGCGCCCAGCACAGAAAGAAAUCUUGCUGACUUGUAUCUCUGAUCACUGGGACAGAUCAGUGACAUGUAACCCUAUUGACUGCCAAUUUCCAGACCAAUCUCACGUUCUUUAUGCAGAGUUUUCCUGUCCCAAAGGAACUACGUUUAUGAAGCGAUGCUUCCUUUCCUGUAUCAAGCCAGCGAAACUCCAAGGAAUGAAUCAGUGGAUCACCUGCCUGGAAGAUGGACUCUGGUCACUGCCAGAAGCUUACUGCAAACUGGAGUGCGACUCUCCAGGCCCAAUUGCCAAUGCUGAGCUCUUGAUGCCUCGAUGCAAGCAAGGGAAUCAUGACGUGGGAUCUGUCUGUCGCUACAAGUGUAAGCCUGGAUACCACGUAGCAGAAACAAAAGAGGAAAAGCCCAGGAAAACAUUUUUGAAUAUUCACUGCCUUGAAACUGGCUUCUGGGAGGAAGGGAGCUGUGUUCCUGUGGUUUGUAAACCGCCCCCACCAGUCUUUGAAGGGAUGUACAACUGCACCAAUGGCUUUGAGCUUGACAGUCGGUGUGUUCUUAGCUGUGGUCCACAGAGUAAGACGGUAAAGACAACUUUAUGCAUGCAAAUCUUUAUUUGGCAUUUGGCCUUUGGCAUUUGCACAUUUCUCGAUGGAUAUUAUAAUCUGCUACUUCUCUCUCUCCCUUUUUGUCUUGUGCCAGGGGCUUCAUGCACACCUUCCUGUCUGUUUCUACCUAGAGAUCCUGUGACAUUGCCUGAAAAUGUCACAACUGAUACCAUGGAUCACAGACUGAAACCUACCAAAGUCCAGAGUAUCGUAUGUACUGGAAGACUGGAAUGGUAUCCUAACCCAAAAUCUAUUCAUUGUAUUAUUUCUUGUGAGCCUUUCCAUGCCGAUGGCUGGUGUGAUACUAUCAACAACCGAGCCUAUUGUCAGUAUGAUGGUGGCGAUUGUUGUUCCUCCACAGUCUCCUCAAAGAAGGUUGUUCUGUUUCCCAAUGGCUGUGAUCAGGACGAGUGCACCUGCCGGGAUCCAGCAGCAGAAGAAAAUCAGUAGCCCGCUGCAGCAGCCACCAGGACAUGUUUGCUGCCAAGGCUCAAAUUGGAGGAAAUUACAAAGGCUUGAGGGAAAGCAUAAAUAGGAGAACAGCAAAGGCUGAAGAAAAGGA